AUGGAGAAAGUCAAGAAAGACGCGUCAAAAUUCAGGCCAAUCUUACAGGACCUGGACGCCAAUCAGGUCUACCUCCUCCACGUUGACCGCCAUCCGGUGCCACACAAAAAGAUCAUCUUCUUCACAGCGGUGCUCAUCAAUCUGACCGUCCUCGCACUGCUCAUCGGACGUGUCGUCUACGUCUUCCCUCUGUACCGGGCCAUUUUGCUUGGACGAGAGUGGGUACCGGACGCGCAAUCGUCAACCACCUCCAUCAUCAUUCGGCGGACCUUCUCCCUUCUCAUCGACUCGCCGUUGAUUCAAUACGCCUGGCGAUGGCCAUACACCUUCUUCCUCGAACGAUUGCAUGGGCAAUGGACCAACCCUGCAGCAUGGCGCCUGGUUUCUGACUUCCGCCUGUCGGAACUGGUUGUGCGCAAAUCUCGAAACUGGGGUGCCAAAGACGUCAGAGCUUCUAUUGAUGAGAGCCCAUUGUUCAAAUCGCGGGUGUUCCCGUUUGCUUCGGAUCGCUAUUUGCGAGAGAAGACUGGAUACUUGAUGCAAGGGAAGGGUUAG